CGCAUAUAUCUUACCGAAUGCUUUUAAAAUGAAUAGGAAAAACAAGUGGGGAGACCUUUGACCAAAAGUUAAUAAGCAUUACGAUUCGCGCCAAUAUUGUUUACAAAUAUGCGAAAACAUACGAAGACAUACGACUUACUUAAGCGGGUGAAUUUAAAUUCAACAGUUGCAGGUUUGCAGUUACUAGUUAAGACUGUCGUACUAAUACAAUAAGAUCUAGUUUUUGGAGUUCUUUUUCAUAGCAUCAGCUGUAGAGUGACACAGUUUUAACCGAAUUGAUAUGCAGGAGUCUUAAGUAUUUCUUUGCAGCUGCGCAGAGUUGUCAGACUGCUAAACUCCUUAUUAGAAUCUGCAAUGUCCAGUUACGUUGAUAUAAACGCGCGGCAAGGGUUCUUUAGAGAAUUAAGAAAUAAUUUAAUUUACAUAGUUGAACGAUUAUAAUAUUUUCAAGUUUUUUAAAUCAAUCGUUGUCUUCUUUAGUAUUUUAUCCUGCACAAGCAUAUUUUACACCAACGAUUAUGCUAUGGGUGAAAGAAAACGCGAACGUGUUCAAAAAAGACGUAGACCAUCGCUACGAGGAGCUCAAAAGUCUUCUUCAGAUUCUGAGGUAGCUCUGUUAAAAUUUCGAGAUCGCAAGACUAGAGCUCGGGAUUUGCUCCCAUGGCCAAAAGCUCUCGAAACACUCACGGUCGACGAACUCGCACGUUACAGGCGUAAGCGAGUACCAGAUAGUCCAAAGGACACCUUGGGAGCUCGUAACUAUGAAGAUAAUGACCAUGAAUUCGAAAAUCUUUCCACGGAAUAUAGGAGAGCUUUUAAAGCUACCAGUGAAGAAUCACUAUUGAGAGCCGACGAUGAGAAAAUUUUCGCUCACAAUUUUGCUAGCAACUAUUCUAUUCAAUCAAUAAAUAAUCCAAAAGUUAAUAUCAAUGACAAGUCGAUGGAAGCUAUUGAAAUUUCUCAGGUUCCUGAUGUUGCGAAACGGUCACCUAUUCGCAGAGGGACAAGUUUAAAACACGGUGGUGCAUUUUAUACCGACACUGAGUCAGCAAACUAUAAAAUAUAUGAAGGUAUCCACCGUGCAAAACUGGCACGCCGGCCGACUUCCUUGAAGAUGGAGGGAGACAUGCGAACUGUCACGGAACAGUGUGAGAAGUUCAUCGAGUGGUUGAACGUCAGUAGACCAGAGCUCGCACGUAUACCAACUAAUUUAAAACUAGAAGGACAAUUUGAGACGUCUACGGAGAAUCAUGACCAGUAUGUGCCAUUCGUUGGAGCCAGAAGACCGGAAAUACUUCGUCAAAGAGCUCAUCUGAAACUUGAAGGAGAAUCGAACUUUAUUCCCGAGUAUACUGCUGUUUUUAAACCUCAUAUUACUCGAGAAAAAAGAUCUCUAAAAGUGCCAGAGUCCCACUUAAAAUCUGGAGGAGAAUUUACCGGCAGAACUGAGCAUUAUCAAAAUUUCCUCGAUCCUCGAGGUGCAGUGCCUAUGGAUCAGAGUCAAGAACAUGUUAUUCAUCAGAUUGAAGAUUCGAAACUGCAAUUGGAACGUCAAGAACAGGAAUGGAAGAAAGAAGAAGACAUGAACAUUCUGGUAUCCAAACUGGAAGAUCUCAAAGGACCACCUCUGGGGAUACCUGAAUAUAAAGAUGCCUACAAAGACUUCCCACGAGAAAGACCAAAAUUAUUAAAACCCGAGGAUGAAAUAGGUCGCGCAGAUGGCUCGAAAGUUAAUUCAUCAAAUCCAGGAAAAUUUUCAACAAAAAUUGACCAGGAUCCUGAGUACAAAUCUAUGUAUCUCGAUAGAGGCCAGCCAAUUUAUCGCAAGCCACCAUUGUCGCGAAGACCAUCAGUAGCUUCUUCAGGUUUCAAUAGACGUCUAGUACCUGAUUUACGACAGUAUCAUCCGACCAGUGAAGUUAGAUCUCAAUAUGUGCCUUAUGGUAAUGUACCACGAACAGAAACACUUAGAAGGCCAGUUAAUUUACGUCCUGAAGGUGACAUGAACCUUCAUCCAGAGUAUCGUGAUGCUUAUUGUACAAAACGAGACUACUCAGUCACAGAUGUCAAAAACCAAUAUCGUGAUCGUAGUCUCACUGAUUUUCGUAGACAUCAAAAUAAUUGGCUCACUAAUAAUGAUAAUAAUAACAACGAUGAUCAGCGUGGUAUAGAAUAUUCUGAGUGCGAUCAAAAUGCAUUCCAAGUACUUCACUCACGAACCCAAGAUGAUACUGUUGUCAAUAAACCGCCUGUUAGAGGGAGAAGGGGAUCAAAGGGGUCAAUGCAAGUAUCAAGACCAACUAAAUUGGAUUUAACUAAUCCAGCAACGGACAAUCGCUCUCCUAGCCCCUCGUACCGUCUUCAUGUUUGCAACGUAGAUGACGAACCGCGAGGCUUUUUACCACAACGUCCGUCUCUACAACACAACUCUUCGAGUCCAAUACAAGCUUCAGGCAUUGACGACACAAGGUCUUAUUCUCCGAGCUUUGGAAAAGAAUUAAAACAUUCCAAUGACAACAAUAAUCAAGCUUUCGUUGUUCUUGACAAUGCUAGUACGUCAGCAGUAAAAGUACCAGAGAGCAGUAAAAAACGUUUCGAUAGAAAUUACAACUAUGAAAGUAGUGAAUCUAGAAGAAGUAGAAAUAAAACACCAUCUAAUUGGAUGCCUCCAUGGUAUGAUAAUACCAAUACAACAUGAAUAAUAUUUAAAAGUGCCUUAAAUAAAUUUAAUCCGUUCAAUUUUAUUUAUAUCAAUUGAAUUGUUUAAAAAAAUAAAGAUUAAUUACAUACCUUAUA